AUGAGCGCACGCGGUGAAGGCGCCGGGCAGCCGUCCACUUCAGCCCAGGGACAACCUGCCGCCCCGGCGCCUCAGAAGAGAGGACGCGGCCGACCCAGGAAGCAGCAGCAAGAGCCAACCGGUGAGCCCUCUCCUAAGAGACCAAGGGGAAGACCCAAAGGCAGCAAAAACAAGAGUCCCUCCAAAGCAGCUCAAAAGAAAGCAGAAGCCACUGGAGAAAAACGGCCAAGAGGCAGACCUAGGAAAUGGUCGGGAGCUCAGGAUCUGGAUUCAGGUGGCUUGGGUUCAAAUUCUGGCCCAUCACUGGACUAA